AUGAACCUCUACUCUUCUCCACCUUCUGCUGUGGCCACCACCGACGCGAUUGCCCCUACCACUGCUACUGCCACUACUACUACCACCUCUCCUUCCUCUCCCACGGCCCUCUCGUAUCUGCCAGGACUGGCCUACGGGCAAACCCAAAUUAACCACCACCCACCACCGCCGCCGCCGCCGCCGCCGCCGCCACAACAACAACAUCAACAACCACAACCAUCUCAUCAUCAAUCACAGUCACAAUCGCAUUCACAUUCACACACUCUCUCGCAUUCCAGUCGUGCUCGCUCUAGCUCCACCUCAUCGUCCCUCCUUGGACGCUCGGCCUCUCUCAGAGACACGAUCCCUGAUCCGUCCAAACCCCACAAGAGGGCCACACCGCCUCCAUCCAGACGCCGCUCUAGCGCUGCCGGCUUUGCUGUAGAUGGCUUUGGAUUUUCUGGCAGGGAGCCCACUGGCAACCUAAAUCGCUGGUCGCACUCAACCGCCGCAAGUACGAGCAAAUCUCCACCGCAACAACAACCUCCUCCUCCGCCUCCCCAAUAUCACCAAGACGAGAGACGCCCUUCUCGCGGCCACACUCCCUCCGCCAGUACCUCUCGUCACAACGUCUCCUCCUCCUUCAACACGCCCCUAUUGCCCGCCUUCAAUGGAACCGCCCCGAACCCGUCUUCACCAUCCUACACAACCUCUACCUCGCCCUCGCGGAAUAGGAACAACAGUCUCCCCUUCAACGCCUCGCCGGAAUCGAGCCCCCACCGACGCCCACACCCGCGGUCUCCCGUAUACAAACCCUCCUCCUCUUCUGUGACCGCGCCCCCUCCGCAAUUGCCCACCCUCGCUCUCCUUCCCGCGACCGUAUACGACCCCAGCAGCCCGAACGGCUCGUCGAGAAACUCUCCCUCCGCCGUCACCUCCAACGCGUCCUCCGAUUACUUCAAUUCGAAGCCUCGAGCGCCUCCCCCGAACCCCCAGCGGCCUCCUUCACGAACACAGGCGGAGCGAGUGAUAGGGAGAUCGCCGUUGGGCACUCCGCCGAUUGGCGUGCUCGAGGCAGAGGCGAGAUAUCAGAGAUCCGGCACCGGGAACCGCCCUCCGCCUACGUCCUCGAAGGAACCUGCGAAGCCGGUACAUGGUGCGGCGCACGAGCGCUCUAGGUCACAUCAGCAGGAAUCAAAGGGCAGGAGCGAGAGCAGUGGCAGUGCCAGUGCCAGGCCGGACGACGCGUAUCAGGGAACCCCUCCUCGCAGUCGCGAGAAGAGAGAAAGAGACAAGAAGACCAUGCUUUCCCGGGCCCUGCAGAAGGCGAAUACUGCAGUCUUGCUGGACAAUGCGCAGAAUUUCGAGGGCGCCAUGGAGGCGUACAACGACGCCUGCAAGCUGUUGCAGCAGGUCAUGAUACGAAGUCAAGGCGAAGAGGACCGCCGGAAACUGGAUUCGAUUCGAGUGACAUACACCAAUCGCAUCGAAGAACUACGACGAUUGGACCCGGGCUACCAAGCUGGAUCCGGCAAGUCCUUACCCGCACGGCCUAUGAGCAACGAUUCCUUGGACGAGCAGCGCUCCAUGCUCUUCGAUGCUGCCGACGAUGAUGAGGAGGAACCUGCCAUUGUGCAGACGGCGUCCAUGGCACGGAUCGUGAACGACCGUUCGCAUGAAGCCGAUGUAGCGGGAGACGAGGGCGAAUCAUCUUCCCAGUUAUUACCACUGCGGAUGGAACAAACCGGUGGAGUGAGAGAAUCAGUCAUUUCCACGGCAAUUCGCGAUGUCCAAAAGGGCAUGCCUACUACUCCCAACUUCCUGUUGCAACCCCCGCCCGGGAAGCUGGGAGGACCCAACCCUCCGAUCGGUGGUGCCGGACUGGAAUCGCCCAUGGACAGGAGCUACAUGCCCCCGCCGUUGUCACCCAGAAGGCCAACACCUCCAUUGUCAUCCGCGGCGGAGCACGAUGAGCCCGAAACGAGCAUGCCUACGAGCUUCCUCCAACCCGAUCGGCCCCCGUCGUCGGCAAAGCACCAGAGAGGAAAUAGCAGUGAAUCCAUUUCAUGGCUGGACACCAUCGACGAGUCGGGAGGAUCAUCUUGUUCCUCUUCCAUCCACUCGCUGUCCCCUGGCGGGAUGCGCAGGAAGCAUAUUCGGAACGCCAGCGGCGCGACGGAAGCCGAAUUUGACGCCGCCCUGGACGCUGCUGUCGAAGCUGCAUACGACGAGGGAUACGAACCUUAUGAUGACGAACAUUCAACUCUGUCGGGAGAUACUGCAUCCCGACUGAAGAACGUGGAAAUGGCAAAGGAGCGGGUACGGGAGGCGGAGCGGGAAGAAGCCAUCGCUGCGGCCAAGUACCGCUACAAAGAAUCACAACUCCGGAGCGAGGCUCUACCACACGUCCGAGAAAGCGCCGAGUUCAACUUCCAGGAGGAGGCAGACGAGGAGGAGAGGCUACUGGAUGAGAUCACGAGGGAAUACAUGCUGGACGGCUUCGAUUUCGACUUGCAGAACAAGUCCUCACUUCCGAGGCAGUCGGACUCGAGCAACUUCUCCGGGAGUACGUACAAUAGCUCGUCAUCCUCGCACAGGACCACUGGUGGAACCUCGCUCUCGACCGUUGCGGAAUUCGUGCCUCCAUUGAAACACCAGGCACCAUCGCACGCGCCGCCGCCACUACCACCACCUACUGGAGCACUGCCGUCGGUAGCUGAAGCGCAAGCGUUGCAGCUGAGCAGAUCUCCGCCAGCAGCGGGACCAACCUUCGGCAAGGAAGCUUCAUCCGUCAAGAAUAGGAGGAUCUCGGUGUUGAACGCGAACAAUCUCAAGAUCGAGACGGCCAUUCCAAACUCCACCGUCGCCCCAGGACCACACACUGAAAAGCUGUCUGUAUCCGAAAAGGAGGGACGUUCAGACGUCCCGCCCGUACCCAAGACUGCAGCUGCGUCGACAUUCAAUGGCGCACAGGCUGACCCGAGUUUCAAACUUCCUGAGCUGCCGCAGUCGACUCGCCUGGCAGCGCCUUCGCCGCAACCACCCAUCCCCAGCCCUGCCGAAACCGCCUUCACCACCUCGCCUGCUACACCAGCCCUCGGCCAUGGCAUGUCCAAUAAUGACAGCUCACUCGCACCAGGAUCGCCAAAGACUGGAAAGACUUCCGCCACCGGGAUAAGGAAAAACAAAUCGUCUCUGAGCCUCAAACAGCGAACCCUGUCCAUUUCAAGCCCUGACGGCUCAGAUGCUUCCAUCGGAACGCCACUCAGUACCACCUUUUCGUUUACACAGCAGCGGAAACAGAGCAAUGCAGCUGCGGUGCCCGCUCCGACACCAACGCCAAGCAUCCCGACGUUUAACGUUGACGGAUUACCAAGCGGCGGCAUGCACCUGUUUGAGAGCGACAUCCAUUCGCCUUACUCUCCAGGAUCUCCAUCCGGCGGCGUGACGAAUGCACCCAUUCCCUUGGAACCAUGCCCCGACUCGUACUUGCUUCGCCCGUUCUGGCUGAUGCGGUGUUUCUAUCAAACCAUUGCCCACCCUCGUGGCGGAUAUCUUUCGACCAAGCUGUUUGUACCCCGGGAUGUCUGGCGUGUCAAGGGUGUCAAGCUGAAGAACAUCGACGAGAAGAUUUCCAACUGCGACCUUCUCACUGCUGCUCUGCAGAAGCUGAGUGCGGUGGAUACGUUCGACGCCGAUGCCGUUUUGGAAGAAGUGCAGGCCCUGGAGGUUGUGCUUGAUCAAGUGCAGCUGCAGCUUGCGAAGAAGCUCGGCAAUGAAGUCGGCUCCCACAGUGUUUCGACCUUGUUCAAGGACGCAAAUUUCGGCAACGAUAGUUCGGCAAACGGGGAUAGCUCAUCCAAGGGUUCGCAUGGGCUUCAGGACCAUGCACCGAAGAGCGCAAUGUCCCAGAGCAAAUCCUAUCUCACGUCGUGGCGAAAACUACGCUCCAAGGGCUCCGCGGUGGGGUUGAGCUCGAUGGCGACCCCAAAGACGCCUGCUGUCAGUGAAGUCCCGAAAGACUCGUUGAUCAUGGCAACGCUGCCGAUGACGAGUCUUCCCAACAUCCGUUUCGCAAAGCGGGACAUUUCGAGCGUGACAUUCGAAGGACCAAAUGCAAGCUACAUGAGUAGUCUGGCGAGAUUGUUCGAUGCGGCCCAGAUUCUGGACCAAAUCGCACGCCAGGUCGAAGAUCCUGGCCUCAAGUUCUCGUCAUCUACCCAUGUUGGGCUCGAAUUGUCCGCUCGGCAUGCAGCCGAAUUCUUUGGUUUCUACAUCUGCCGCUUUGUUCUUGCAGAUGUCACGUUGAUGUUAGACAAAUUCAUCAAGAGGGGGAGUGAGUGGGUAUUAGUAUGA